GAUGACAUGACACACAAGUAAAUCCUUGAAAAACAGCUCACAUCACAUCACCACACAACAUGUUCUCCUUUAUCCUCUGCUUGUAGUACCUAUAGCAAGUAGCCACCCAAUUAAACAAACUUCCUCUAUAAAUACAACCAAUAUUCACAAAUUAGCUAGAUUCAAUUCAAGAUGAAGAGGCAAAGAGGUGCUAGUGUAAAUGGUGUUAACAACCCCAAGAAUCUUCCCAAUGUUGAAGAUGUAGUAGCAAUGGGGAAGAAAAAAGGAAAGCAAGAGGGUGAACAAAAGAUGGAGAAGGAGGAGAGGAAGGAAAACAGAGACAUAAGUGAGGGUACAACAACAAUAAGGGAGGGUGUGAAUUGGAAUUGGGAGGAAUAUAUGCCAUGGUUGGGAGGUGUUGUGGAUGAACAAAUGUCAUGGGGUUCAACUUGGUUCCCCGGGUGGGAUAUGGAUUUCAUGGGUGAAGCUUUUAAUAAUGCUCUUUAUAAUGAUGUUGUUUGGGAAGAUGAUAUCUGGAAUCUCAAAAAUCAAAUUCCAAUUCCAUUACAUGGAAAGAGAUUUGAAUUGGAGUAGAAGAGCUUGACGGCGGCGGCGGUGACCGACGGUGGACGGAAAACUGAUGAUGAUUAUGGUGAGUGAGUUUGUUUUGAAGUGGAAGGUGGAAGCAAAAGGGUUGGC